GAUGACCUUGCUGUUUGUUAGUCUUUAUGAACAGGUUCCUGCUCUCGUAAGGCAGCAAGGAGGGUGCUUCCCUAUCUAGGAGUUGUCUUAUUUUCUUGGGGACUUCAAUACAGUGGAUCAUGUUGUAGGUGCAAAUGGCAUUAAGUGGAAGAGGAGCUUAAGUGCGGCCAGGAUCCUGUUGCAUGAUCUCAACCUUCUGAUGAAAGCAAGUUAUUUUUUGAUCUCUUCCCCAGCAUCUAAGUCUUCUUUUCAAGGUCAAAAAGCAACGUGUUCUAUCUGGUCCCACUUGAUCCCAGCCACGAAGAAAAAGCAGAGGUCUCUUAUUGCUUGCAUUUGAUUUAAAGGGCUGAACCUGCUUUCUCCAUGGACAUGAAUGCUACCUCCAGAGGGGCUGAAGGCCAGCCUGGGAGCCCCCACCAGAAACCGGAAAAUAAGCAGGAACAGCAAAUGCAGAACUCCGGCAGAGAAGGGAGAGAGGAAGUGAUGGCGAAGAAAACUUGGGCAGAUGUAAUUCAAGAAAUGAAAAAUUUCCUUUGGGAUCCAGAGAACAGAACAUGUCUGGGAAGAACAGCUAAGAGCUGGGGCUUGAUCUUAUUGUUUUACUUCAUUUUGUACUUAUUUCUGGCUGGGUUGUUCGCCUUCUGCAUGUACGUAAUGGUGCUCACGCUGAACCCCUACACACCGAUAUACAGGGAUAGAGUUGCUCUGCCAGGAGUAAUGAUUAGACCAUACAUACAUGGGUUUACCAUUGCCUUCAACGUAUCAGAGCCUAGCAGCUGGCUUCCAUAUGUGGACAGUAUGCACCGCUUCCUCACAGCUUACAAUGACACCAUUCAAGAGGAAAAAAACAUUGAGUGCAUAGCAGGCCAGUACUUUAUUCAAGAGGGGGAUGAGAGCGAGCAGAAGAGGGCCUGCCAGUUCAAGCGCUCACUUCUGCAGAAUUGUUCUGGAAUUGAGGAUCCAACGUUCGGCUACUCAAGAGGCCAGCCAUGCAUUCUGCUGAAGAUGAACCGGAUCAUAGGCUACCAGGCUGGUGCCGGGACACCAGUGAGUGUGGACUGUAGAGUGCAGAAAGGCAAUGUGAGUGAUCUCAAAUCAGUGGACUUCUAUCCAGAAAGUGGAACAUUUGAUCUCAUGUACUAUCCCUACUAUGGAAAGCACACUCAUGUCAACUACACAUCCCCACUGGUGGCUAUGCACUUUACAGAUGUGAGGAAGAAUUACUUUGUCCCCAUUCAGUGCAAACUGAACGGGAAAGGCAUUGUGAAUGAUGUUCACAACGACCGCUUCCUGGGGCGCAUCGUCUUCACAUUCAACAUUGGCAUGUAGUCACUCGAAAUGUUCACUGGGCACUUUGUUUAUGGCAAACAUGUUUUUCUCUUUUUAAAAAGAAUAACAGCAGAACGCAGGACACUUCUGUUAAAAACAGACAAGUUUGUUUUGGAAGUCUUUUGGUAGACAGGUCUUUAUUUGAUUUUUUUUUUUUUUUCUUUUUAUAGCUAAUGACAAUUUGUCAUGCAAUAUUCAAACUGAUAAACUACAUUUUCUAAAUGUAAAGGCCUGACCUAAACCAUUUUAGCAGUAAAAAUACAAAUCUGGUAACCAUAGGUAGAGGCCCUGCUCAAAUAGGUCCAUUUUAAUCUUAACUACUUUUUGGAUAUUUUAACAUUAUUUCCCUAGGAUUGUGACUUUAUUUUUCUUUAUAGUUUUAAGCAUAUUUCUCAUAAGAAACAAACAAGAUGAUAAUUAAUCAAUACUGCAGGGUACUCCAUGCUCCCAUUUAAAAAAAGAAAUGUAAAGACAACCUUGAAUUACAUGUGUAAAAACAAUAAUUAAAAAAAAAAAUCAAAUAAGG